AUGAAGGGAUUCAUCGCCACCGCAGUCACUGCUCUGCCUCUGGCAACUACUACCAGAGCCACAUGUGAGAGUCCAAGCGUGCGAAAGUCCUGGUCCGCUCUGACCCUCGACGAGCGCGCCGAGUAUAUCAACUCGACCCUCUGCCUCAUGAACCCGGUACUCGCCCCCGCCAAGACCGGGACAUAUGGUUCCAAAAGUCGCUGGGACGAGCUGCUUGUGGCGCACGUCGCCCAAGUCCAGUUCAUCCACGUCGUGGGCGCCUUCUUUCCCUGGCACCGUUGGUACACCAGAGUGCAUGAGAACCUCCUCCGGGACGAGUGCGGCUACACAGGCCCCUAUCCGUACUGGGAUGAACAAGAGGACCAAGCGAGGGCACCUUUGGAGAAUGCCAGUGUCUGGAGCACGAGCCCGACUGCCGGCUUCGGCACCGGCAACACCGAUGCGGACGGCUGCGUCCAGGACGGACCUUUUGCGUAUCUACCGCUCAACCUGACGACCGAGCUCACGCGCACCAGCGACAGCUGCCUGAAACGGGUGUUCAACCAGACGCAUUUCGACUCCGUCUCACAGACCAUCGUCGACAGUUGCAUGGACAUCGACGACUACUGGUCCAUGUGGGCGUGUCUCGGAAACACGCCGCAUACGGGCGGUCAUUUCGGUGUCGGUGGCACGAUGGAACACGUCUCCUUCUCUGCCUUUGACCCGAUCUUCUUCCUGCACCACACGAACCUGGACCGCCUCUGGACGCAGUGGCAGUCGAAGAACGCCAGUCGGUUGACGGCCAUGGGUGGGCCGCUGGUGGCGACGCAGACCCUGUUCGGAGAAGCGCAGCCCUCCUUCCUGGGGGUCAGCGCCUUCGUGCCCUAUUUCGGGGAUCACGGGAACGUGACCACGGUGAACCAUACGCUCUGGCUGGCGGGACUCGCGGAGAACAUCACAGUGGCCGAUGCGAUGGAUGUGAGCAAUGAGAAGAUCUGUAUCACCUAUGAGUAG